AUGACAGAACAUCUACAUCCAUGUUGCGAUCCUUCAACACCAAGCGCAAUAUGGGAAGGCACCCCAUCAGGCGAGGUUAUCGAAAUCUCCGGCAUCGAAACCUACAUCGCGAAGCCACCCGCACUUAAAGGGUCCAGCCCGACUUUAAAGGUAGACAAAGUCAUACUCUUCCUCACAGAAGGUCAUGGCAUCUACCUUCCAAACGCUCAACUCCUAGCAGAUUCCUUCGCCUCGCAUCUCAAUUGCGAUAUCAUCAUGCCCGAUGAAUUCGCCGGCCAAGCUCGCCUGCCCAAGAACAUAGAGCCCAGCCUCUAUCCUCAUAAAGUCAUCCCAUGGACCGAGGAUAAGAACGAUCCGAACUACGACCUUCGAGGACUGGCUGUUCCACAUGAGCCUGAGGUCACGGAUCCGAUUCUGGAGAAGAUUGUGAGUUGGAUCCACGAAUCUUAUGGUCAAGGUGUAAAGAUUGGGGGAGUGGGGUAUUGUUUCGGGGGUCGGUAUGUGAUGCGACUUAUGGGCGCUGGAGUCAUUGAUGUGGGGGUCGUCAAUCAUCCGAGUUUCUUUAAUAUGGAUGAAGUUGGGAAGCUGGGGAGGGGAAAGAGGUUGGCGAUAUUUGCGGCGGAGAGAGAUGAUAUAUUGCCAGCGGAAGAGAGAAGGGGGACGGAGGAUGUGCUGACGAGGACUGGAGUUACUUGGACGAGUACAGUGUUUAGUGGGACGGAGCAUGGUUUCAGUGUCAGAGGGGAUUUGAGUAUAAAGGAAAUGAGGUUGGCAAAGGAGUAUGCUUUCCGAGGUGCAGUGCAGUGGUUUAGUGACUGGCUGUAA